GAGCUUGGUCCCUAGCCAAUAAUAUCCCACAUCUUCAUUUUUCUCUCCCAUUUCAUCCUUAACAAACCAACCCAACCCAACCCAACCCAAAAAAUGAACACAUUAUUUCUCCCUCCACCAUUCACACUUCGUUUCUCACCUCCAUAUCUCCUCCAUGCAUCUUCUUCCUCAACAUCCAUUACUUCCCAAUUCACUUCCAUCCCAACCACCAAUAGAAACCCUUACGACGUCGUUUUCUCUUCUGCUCACAAGCCUUAUGAUUUUUCUCCCCUCAUCAAUUACCUCUCAAAAUCCUCCUCUAACCCUAACUCAUCACCUAACUCCCUCAACUCGGACGAGUUUCACCUUGCUGAGUUAUACCGUGCUGUUCCAACUCACUAUUGGCAUUCCCUUCUCAAAACUCUGGUUUCUUCUUCUUCUCCUUCAUCAAUUUCUACUGCUGUUGGGGUUGUUAGUUGGUUGCAAAAACAUAAUCUUUGCUACUCUUAUGAAUUACUUUACUCAAUUUUAAUCAAUGCUUUAGGGAAAUCUGAGAAGCUUUAUGAAGCCUUUUUGCUUUCAAAGCGACGGAAAUUGACACCAUUGACGUAUAAUGCUUUGAUUGGAGCUUGUGCAAGGGGUGAUGAUCUCGAGAAGGCUCUUAAUUUGAUGGGUAGAAUGCGGCAAGAUGGGUAUGUUCCUGAUUUUGUUAAUUAUAGUUUGAUUGUGCAGUCAAUUGCUAGGAUUAAUAAGGGUAAUCGUGGGGAUUCGUCGGUUUUGAUUAGAUUGUAUGAGGAAAUUGAAAGAGAUAGGAUUGAAGUAGAUGGACAACUUUUGAAUGAUUUGAUUGUGGGAUUCGCAAAAUGUGGGGAUGUUGAUAGGGCUUUAUGGGUUUUGGGUAUUCUUCAAGGGAAUGGAUUGAGUGCAAAGACUUCUACUUUGAUUUCAGUUAUCUCAGCAUUGGGGAAUUGUGGAAGAGCUGAGGAAGCUGAGGCGGUUUUUGAGGAGAUAAAGGAUGGUGAGUUGAGACCUAGGACGAGAGCUUAUAACGCGGUUUUGAAGGGUUAUGUGAAAGGUGGAAUGGUUAGAGAUGUGGAAUUGAUUGUUAAUGAGAUGGAAAGAAUUGGGGUUUUACCUGAUGAACAUACCUAUAGUUUGUUGAUUGAUGCUUAUACAAAUUCAGGGAGGUGGGAAAACGCUAGGGUUGUGCUGAAAGUGAUGGAAGCUAACAAUGUGAGACCGAAUUCGUUGGUGUUUAGCAGGAUUUUAGCUAGUUAUCGCGAUAGAGGAGAUUGGCAAAAGUCUUUCCAAGUUUUGAAGGAGAUGAGAAAUUGUGGGGUGGCGCCUGAUAGGCAUUUUUAUAAUGUUAUGAUUGAUGCUUUUGGGAAGUAUAAUGUUCUUGAUCAUGCUAUGGAUACAUUUGAGAGGAUGAAAUCGGAGGGGAUUGAGCCGGAUAAUUGUACUUGGAAUACAUUGAUUGAUUGUCAUUGUAAGUGUGGUCAGCUUGAUAAGGCGGAGGAGUUGUUUUUGGAGAUGCAAGGAAGUGGGUGUGUACCUUGUACAACGACAUAUAAUAUUAUGAUCAAUUGUUAUGGUGAACAGGAGAAAUGGGACAAGAUUAAGGCUUUAAUGGGGAAGAUGCAGGGUCAAGGAUUAUUGCCGAAUGUUGUGACAUAUACAACUUUGGUUGAUAAAUAUGGGCAGUCAGGAAGGUUUAAGGAUGCUAUCGAGUGCUUGGAGGUCAUGAAAGCUAGUGGGUUGAAACCUUCUGAGACAAUGUACAAUGCACUGAUCAAUGCCUAUGCUCAAAGGGGUUUAUCAGACCAAGCAGUUGAUGCAUUUAGACUCAUGAGAGCGGAUGGGCUUAAGCCUAGUAUUUUAGCUUUAAAUGCACUGAUAAAUGCAUUUGGGGAGGACAGAAGGGAUGCUGAAGCAUUUUCUGUCUUACAGUAUAUGAAAGAAAAUGACUUGAAACCAGAUGUAGUUACAUUUACAACACUUAUGAAAGCGUUAAUCCGUGUUGAGAAGUUUGAUAAGGUUCCUUCUGUGUAUGAAGAGAUGAUAUUGUCGGGCUGCACACCAGAUGGAAAGGCUAGAUCAAUGCUACGAUCGGCUCUGAAGUACAUGAAGCGGAUUCUGAUAUGAUAGUAUUAGCAAAUCAUUCGUCUUGACACAGCGCUAAUAGGAUGAUGAAAUUAAACAUGUUAAUAUUUUCAGAUGGGAGUGUAGGUUCAUACUCCAUAGAUAUUAAUGUGCUCAUCAACAUUUCACAUGAUAACUUUCCCCAGCUGUCCUGGAGUUACGGUAAUUGCUUUAUAACAUAGAUUGAUCUCUUUCUUAUUAGGUUUUCCUAUAUGUAAAUAUGUAAAUUUAUUUGUAUACAUGCUUGUAUAAUAGCGACCAAUAUCUCGAUAUUUUCUUUUUAUUUUUUUUUAUUUGAGAUUAUGGGGUAUGGUUAAUCUGAUAUUUUACUAUACAAGCAAGAAUGGAAGGGGGUUGAUUUUUCUGUAAGUCGUGAGGAUGAAAGAAAACACAUUCAACAACUAAUACUUAUUAAUAUUCUUUAUUUUUAUC